AUGACAAUGGACAUUCAAAACAAUUAUCAAAGCUAUAAAGAGCAAUCUCCGAAUUCUAAAGAGUCUAAUCUAAAUAUUGAAAGUGCGCGAACAUCACAAGUUAAGACCGAUAUGCAGUCUACAGUGAUAACUCCAGGCAAGACCUCCAAACGGUCUUUUGAUGUGGCCUUUCUCAUGAUGCCCGACGAAAAACCGCGACAACUACCACCUGAAAAGCAAUUAAGAGUGUCAAAGCAGAUAUUUAAGACUGAGGAAUGGGAACAGUCUUCGCAGCGACUGUCAGAGAUGUACAAACAUAGCGAUUACUCCAACGACAACACUUUGGACUCGAAGGACGAUGAUGACAGAGCACGCAUAGAUAACAAUAUGUCGCCUGGAUUUGGCUCCGAUGGAAACAUCGACGUUGGCAUCGACGAAUUUCCAAGUAAGACCACCUACGGUAGCGAUUCUGAGUCUUCUGAAAAGUCGCGAAGUCGCCCAAACUCAAAUGAUAGCGCAACAAGACCGCCAAAAUUUUUGCCUGAAUACAAAAAUAAAAUAUUUGACGAUCCCACACUUAUAAGCGUGCAGACUAGAGCUAGAUAUGAAAAUAGAUUUUUCGCUAAGCAACCAGAAGUUUCUCCAAAAAGUGCAUUCACCAAAGUGUCAAAUUUCGGACUUCGAUCACCUAUUCCGAAUCCAUCUGUUAGCCCCGACAAUCUGCUUUACCAGAAUUCUGUAAGCCCACCACUUGCGACAUCACCUCCAGUAAAUAGUUUCAACAAAUCGGGGUUUAACAAUCUGCUAACACCUGCUCAUUUAUUAAAUGGGCAAAACUUCUUCAAGGCCCACAACACACAACUAACGUCACCUACUUAUUCUGAAUCGGUUCAUAUACAGCGCUCCACAGUUCCAAUAAAGACCAUUGACUAUCAAACAAAGUCUAACACAAAGGUUUCACCAAAUAAAAUGAAUUUCCUGCCAUUUAGACCAGAGCUUCCCUACCUCCCUGGCGGUUCAUCAUAUCCUUUUGGAGUUCAGAAUUUUCAACAGUCAAAUGCAGAUUUUAUGAAGUUUCAAACGCCGCAGCGUGAGCCUGUCAAUCCACUCAUAGCCAAUCCUGCAGCUGCAAUAUUAAGUACUUUAUUACCUUCAACUCUGGCAGCUUUCUCUUUGCCCGCACAAAAUGUGUGUGCUAAAUGCAAUAUAAGUUUUCGAAUGACGUCAGAUCUUGUGUAUCAUAUGCGAACACAUCACAAGAGCGAGUCAGCUGUGGACCCCAAUAGGAGGAAGCGGGAAGAAAAGCUGAAGUGUCCUGUUUGUAAUGAAAGUUUUCGUGAACGACACCAUUUGACGAGACAUAUGACAGCACAUCAAGACAAGGAGGGCGAUAUGGAGGAUGUAUUGCCGUCUCAGUCUUAUAAUAAGAAGAGUAAACACUGUUUCUCCAACGUGCAAAAGUAG